ACAUCGUAAGGAACUCCUGUCGUCCACACUUGGUGCAAUCUACAGUCGAGUUAAAUAACAUACGAAUAUCGUUUUACACAUACAGUAAAAUAAUUAUCUUUUUAUAUAGCACAAGACUAUUUCUUAGAUACUCAGAAUGCAAAAUGUAGCCUGAUUUGAAACAACCAAGAGACACGAACAUUUAAGUACGCAUUGGAACGACGACACACAGAUCUUGACGCUGAAUGAAGAAGGGACCGAAAACAAAACUCUACAAUCCAAAACAGAGCAGAGACAAGCCGUCUGAAUAGAUCAACAGCUUUAAAUGCGAACAUUUUAUCGCUUGUUCAGUGUGUGGACUGAUAUUUUUGCUACUGCAUUCUCUCAGCAGAUGCAUUUUUGCCACUGCAGCUCAGUAGAGGGUGUCAGAUCUUCCAGUGAGCACCGGGCUGUAACGAACAGAACCUUUUGGAAACCCUCUUUGUGAUUCAAAAACACAAUACGAGAACAGGCGGAACAAGGCAAGAAACUGAAAGAUGCAAGGAUUGCGGAAUUUUUUGCAAGGCAUCGUGAUCAGGAGUAAAUCUCCAGUCUGCGGCGUGAUUUCAGCACUGGGGGAGAGAGAACAGCACCCAUUGAAAGCACCGCACUGCAAGAAAAUCACGGAUUAGUAAAAUAUGCAAGGUCAGUUAUAAUCGAACUAAAAUCAAAAUGCGCCAGGUGGUGUUGCGUUUGGUUUUGUAUUCUAAUCCAAGGCGUAAUGGUGUUACAAAUACAAGGAUUCAGUCGAUGGGAGGCUUUUUAUCAGCAUUUUAAACUAACAGUAUAUGUCUGGACAUAGACUGGUGCGGAUGGAUGCAAUUUCUGACUGCCCUCUUGUUUUUUAGACGCCUGAUGUGUUCAGUUUCUUUAAACCCCUAACAAAUACCCCCCAGCGCUUAAUUGCAUUCAUGUCUUGAAAUCGGGGAUGUAUUGUUUGUAUUGAAAAUGCUGCUUUGGAUUUUGUUGCUGAAGGCGGCUCUUUGUGUUGCUAGUGGAAAUGUUACAAGGGACGUUUGUAAAGAGCAGAUCUGCUCCUGCAAUGAAGUAGAAGGCGAUUUGCACAUUGACUGCGAAAAAAGGAGCUUUUCUAAUCUGAAUCAUUUGACUGGUCCGAGUUCUCAGUUUUAUCACUUACUGCUGCACGGAAAUUCUUUGUCUAGACUGUUCCCCAAUGAGUUUGCAAACUUUUACAACGCUGUUAGUUUACAUUUAGAAAAUAACGGUUUGCAUGACAUUGUUCCUGGAGCUUUUCUGGGGUUGCAGCUUGUUAAACGACUACACAUAAAUAACAACAAGCUACGGUCUUUCAAAAAGAGUACAUUUUUAGGAUUGGAUGACCUGGAAUAUCUACAGGCUGAUUUCAAUCUGCUGAGAGAUAUAGACCCAGCUGUGUUCAGAGAUUUAAAUAAACUUGAAGUUUUAAUUUUAAACGAUAAUCUCAUAAGCGCACUUCCUAAUAAUGUAUUUCAACAUGUUCCAAUAACCCACCUCGACCUACGCGGGAACAGGAUUAAAACGUUGCCUUAUGAAGGAGUCCUGGAACAAAUACCGGGGAUUGCUGAGGUGUUACUAGAGGAUAACCCCUGGGACUGUAAUUGCGAUCUCGUUUCCCUGAAGGAAUGGCUUGAUAAUAUCCCGCACAAUGCUUUGAUCGGUAGGGUCAUUUGUGAGGCCCCGACUCGACUGCAGGGGAACGACUUAAACGAGACAUCAGAAACUGAUCUGUGUCCUUCAGAAAACGGGAUGGACUCCAGUUUGGUCGCGCCUCCCACUCAAGACAAGACCUCCAAUCCCAGACCUUUUCCAACGCCUAAUCAAAUAAAUGGCGCAUAUGAGUCUCCGACUCCCGGAUUUGGGCAUAAAGGACGUUCAAAAUCACGCGAAAGCUGGCUGCUGAAAACUAAACCCACAGCUAUCACAACUCUGAAUGGAAAGAGUGAGCAGAUGUACAAUGGCUCCUGUCCACUCACCUGCAGCUGCAAAUUGCUUCAAACAAGACGAUGGCUAAGAGUUAACUGUGAAGGCAAAAAAAUUGAGACUCUGUCUGACCUGAAACAUAAGACCCUUAGUGUCCAAGAGCUGAAUCUAAGAGACAACAGUAUCCAGAAUGUAAAAAAGAAAGAUUUAAAUGGAUACCAAUACCUUAACCUUCUUGAUCUGGGGGCAAACAAUAUAAAGCUGAUUGAAAAUAACACUUUUCAAAAUCUCACAGAUUUAAGAUGGCUGUAUAUGGAUAAGAACUACCUGGAUACCCUCUUCAUGGAAAUGUUUGUUGGAUUGCAAAACUUGGAAUAUCUCAGUUUGGAAUAUAAUGACAUACAGCUCAUUAUGGCUGGCACUUUCAACCCAAUGCCAAAUCUUAGGGUUCUGUUCCUCAACAAUAAUUUGCUAAAAUCUCUGCCCAUGGAUAUUUUCCUUGGAGUAUCCUUGUCACAACUUAGCUUGCAUAACAACUAUUUCACAUCUCUUCCUGUGACCCGUAUCUUAGAUCAACUCGUAUCCAUUAUAAAAAUUGAUUUGCAUGGUAAUCCAUGGGAUUGCUCUUGUAAUAUUGUACCCUUAAAAACAUGGGCAGAGAAACUUGGGUCAGAGGUUAUUGUGAGUGAUCUGAAGUGUGAAACGCCAGAGGAGUUCUGGAAGAGGGAUUUCCGACACUUUGGAAAUGAAGUUCUUUGUCCCCAACUCCAUGGCAAGAUUGCACCCACACCUUUAUCUAAAAACAGCACUUUUGCCGCAGAUACGGGGACACUUUCAAACUCCUAUCUUGAGCCAAGCAGAGUGUCUAUCUCUGUUUUGGUCCCUGGGUUGCUGCUGGUUUUCGUCACGUCUGCGUUCACAGUUGUCGGAAUGCUUGUCUUUAUCUUGAGAAACCGUAAGAGGUCAAAGCGAAGGGAUGGAAACUCUUCAGCAUCAGAGAUAAAUUCUUUACAGACAGUCUGCGACUCAUCUUACUGGCAUAGUGGGCCCUACCAUGCAGAUGGAUCCCACAGGGGUUAUGACUGUGGUACCCACUCACUCACUGACCAGUAGUCCAGAGAAGCUUAAAAGGAUACAAACAGAAAAAAAGAAACUACUGUGUACUGCUCCAGAGACCACUGAAGACUAGACAUAAAUGAUAAAAGCUUUGUAUUCGCUGUGGGAUAUUGCCUAUUUUUUAUUUGCCUCAGUUGACUAUAGUGUCAGUGAGUGUCUGUUACUGAACCAGGUGUAAUAUAUGUAUAGAUCUUCUCACAUUCGGAUAUUCGUCACAAUCACACUGACAGCUGAGAGGGAAGAACCAGUUGAAAAAGCUGCACGAACGCAUGAAUGUAAUGUACAUAACUGACUCUCAUACCUGCAUGAUUCGCAUGGUCUCAACACACCAAUGGGAUCCAUAUCAUAUUUAAGAA